AUGCAGAUUGAGCGGACUCGCGGUGGAGUGAGAGAGCUCAUAUCCGGUAUAAGCUUCCCACCUCCGACCCCGGAGUCCCGCCGAUCUUGCCCUCACUGUCCCAUGACCUUCGUGAAUGAGCAAGGCCUUGGGAUCCACGUGAGAACGCAGCACAGUAGUGUAAACAUGUCCAACGGCGUGCGGCUGCGGCGCAUGUUACGGAAGGAUGUCGGAGGGAGUGUCCUGCCGUGGGAAGCAGCCGGGCCUGGGCGUUGUUGGCACGUGAAGGUCGAUCAUGCGACGGAGACGGCUUCGUUUGUCCUCCAGCGGAAGCGCUUUCUCGAUCUCGACUUGGAGAGCGACGGCUUUAUGGACCGCAAACCCAAGGACACUCGUGGGGCUCCCAAGCACAGGCGAUACGACUUCAGGUUCAAAGCCCACGCGGUCAAUCAGCUGCGCAUCCUCCAGGACAACGCCGAGGACCUCUGGAAGGAGGAGCAGCGCACGCCUCUUCAGUUCUUGGAGGAUCGUCUCAAGAUUCCCUACAGCAAUAUAGUGAGGCCAAGAACGAGAAGGAACUGGUCGCGGCGGCAGCCGAUGACGUAA